GUCGCCGUUUAUUUUAGAAUCUCUAUUGUUUGUGCGAGUGCUGUGUAGAUAAGGUAUUUAGUAUUUUCCAUGGUUCAUUGGGUACUUUCAAUCGAUUAAAUUGAUCUGAGCUUUUCACAGUUCUGUGCGGUUUUAGUGGGUAUAUUUUUGUGACGCUAGUUUUGAAAAAAGCUGUUACCAAAUCUGUACAAUACUUAGGUAUUUAUACUGCUCUUUCCCAUAUUAGUAAACCUUUAUUAGUAAUACGACUAAUAUCUAGUGACUUCAUCAUAAAACAAUCUUAUUCAUUUUUUAUAGGAAAUUAUCAAUAUCAUAUUGAGAGGUAAUUAGCAUAUCUAAACAUUCUCUACAUAGAGUAAUUUUAACUUCUCUUUUCAACUACUAUUCAAGACGUGUUUCUUACUGUGGAAGUUAUAAUUUACUUAUAAUUCGAAGUGCAUGAUUUCAUAAAAGGAUUACUCGGGCUCAUACGACUUCUCUUACAAAUAUGUCAUGUAAAAGAAAAUUUAAUAAAGGAUUUUGAUCGGCGUCAUGUUGCAAAGCUGACGAGAACUUGCUAAGUGUUGUAGUGUGAAAAUAGUGUAGAUUUAGGUGUACAAUGAAACUCAAAGUGGACGUGUAUGCGUUUUCCUCAAUGCUCCUGUUGUUACUACGAAUAUCUAGUGCUGGGAGGGUGCAGGCCGCUGUCAGUUUCUUAGCAAACUCAUCAUAUCAAGAGAUGGAGUUGAAAGGAGAAACCAGCCUGUCGUUACGCGACAUAUUGCCUGUCAAAGCGAAGUACUAUGAUAAGAAUCGAGCUCCAAAACUCCUGGGGGAGCCCACUAUUGUGUAUUUCCAUGUUACUGUGUUGUCCUUGGAUUCGAUUAACGAAGAAAGUAUGACAUACGUAGCAGACAUAUUUCUGGCACAAUCGUGGCGGGAUCCGCGUCUCCGUUUGCCAGAAAAUAUGCACGAAGAAUACCGUAUUCUGGAUGUGGCCUGGCUCAAUAACAUCUGGAGACCAGACUGCUUCUUCAAGAACGCGAAGAAAGUUACAUUUCAUGAAAUGAGCAUCCCCAAUCACUAUCUAUGGUUGUAUCAUGAUAAAACGCUUCUGUAUAUGGCAAAAUUAACCCUUGUACUGUCGUGUGCGAUGAAGUUUGAAUCUUACCCCCAUGAUACCCAGAGUUGUUCCAUGAUGAUCGAAAGUUUAUCGCACACAGUCCAUGACCUAGUGUUUAUUUGGAACCUAACUGACCCGUUGGUUGUCAACCCGGACAUCGAACUGCCGCAGUUGGAUAUAUCCAAUAACUAUACUUCGGAUUGCACCAUUGAGUAUUCCACAGGCAACUUCACCUGUCUAGCAGUGGUAUUCAACCUCCGCAGACGUCUGGGCUACCAUCUCUUCCACACCUAUAUACCGUCCGCUCUAAUCGUGGUUAUGUCCUGGAUAUCUUUCUGGAUCAAACCGGAGGCUAUUCCUGCCAGAGUCACUUUGGGUGUAACCUCUCUUUUGACUUUAGCGACACAAAACACACAGUCACAGCAGAGCCUACCGCCGGUAUCUUAUGUUAAAGCUAUAGAUGUAUGGAUGUCAUCUUGUUCGGUUUUUGUUUUCCUGUCCUUGUUCGAAUUUGCUGUGGUCAAUAAUUACAUGGGCCCCGUGGCCACUAAGGCCAUGAAAGGGUAUUCGGAUGAAGAUUUGUCGAGGGAUCUGGACGCUUUUAAGCACAUAUUCCCAAACUCGGUGGACCCUCGCGCAAGUACAUCUGCCUCGCUCCCGCAAUACGACACGUUCUGCAACGGGAGAGAGACGGCUGUAUACAUCGAUCGGUUCUCGCGAUUCUUCUUCCCGUUCUCCUUUUUCAUACUUAAUGUUGUGUAUUGGUCCACUUUUUUGUAAUUUUCGUCUGUUAUAUUAAACAUCGUAAAAUUAUUAACGUACUGACGCUUAAUGUUAAAUAAAAAUAGUUUUUAAAUUAAGUUUUGUUGCCUGUUGCACGAAAUAACAAGUUAAAAGUAUAUGUGUAUUAAUAACAUUAUUGCCUUCUCUUCAAUGAUCUCGCAUUUAAUUGCAUAUUGCUAUUUUAUUUGUUCAGGCGGUAAGAAUUCAAGGCAAUUCAAGGAAUCUUAAUAUAAUUUUGUUUUUACUAUUUCACAUAAGAAAAUUAAGCUACAUGUAACAUAAUUAGACUAAAUAAUAUUAAAUAAUAAUUAUCAUUGAAAAUUCUUAUUAUAGUAUUCAAAAAGUCCCAUUUUUUAUUUUUACAAGAACACUAAAUUAAGUUGUAGUUACUUAAUUCUUAAUUAUUGCUUAUUUAAUCUAUAUUACAUAUAAUAAAUCUGUAGAAGGGUCAAUUCUGUACAUUAAAAAUAUUGAAAAAAUAAAUACCAGGGGGUGUUACUGGAUCGAUACCAAGCCCAAAUAUGUGAUUAAAAAAAAUUUUGUUUGUCUGUCUGUCUGUAUGUGAAGGCAUCACGUGAAAACUAACCUUUCGAUAUCGAUGAAACUUUGUAUUCAUUUGUAUGAAAUUAUACCUUAUUAUCCUGGGCGUAAAAUAGGAUACUUUUUAUCCCGGAAAAAUACGUAGAAAAAAAAAUCUUAAUUUUUCUUAAUUUUUUAAUUCCG